AUGUCCAUCCAAGAGGAGCUGCGGAGCCGCAGGUUCUGGCGUUCGGUCCUAGCGGAGCUGGUUGGUUCCCUGAUCUUGGUCACGGUUAUCCUGGGAGCCUCGGCCCCUGGGCAGGAGGAUGAAGCUCCGGUCCUGAUGCAGGUGGCUGUAGCCGCCGGCUUCUCGGCGCUCAGCCUGAUGCACUGCUUCGGAGAAAUCAGCGGCGCGCAGAUGAACCCGGCUGUCACCCUGGCCUUGCUCUGCACCAGGAAGCUGGAUGGCCUCCAGUCUGUGUUCUACCUUGUGGCCCAGUGCCUCGGCGCUGUGCUUGGAACAGGGAUAAUCUACAUGUCACUCCCGGUCAAGGCAACAUCAAGGCUUCUAGUCAACAUGAUCAACAAAGAUGGGAAUGCCGGCCAGGCCUUGACAAUGGAGAUUUUUGCCACAUUCCAGCUGGUUUUCACCAUCUUUGCCGUGGACGACCAUCGGCGCAGGGAGGUGGGAGAACCGGGAAACCUGGCCGUUGCCUUGAGCCUGGCGACAGGAAUCCUGGCAUCGGGAAAGUUCUCGGGAGGCAGCCUGAAUCCUGCACGAUCGCUUGGACCAGCUGUAUUCACCGGAGUCUGGGAGCAUCACUGGGUGUACUGGAUUGGCCCCAUCCUUGGUGCUGUCCUUGGGGGUGUUUCUUACGAGUUCUUUUUUGCCUCCAGUGCCUCCCAGGAGAAGCUGAUUGCCUGCAUCACCUGCAAAGAUAUUGAGAUUGUGGAAACGGCCAGUGUGUCUCGGUCUUCGUUACUGACGGUCACCCAGUCCGCGAUGAGGGUGAAACCCACUGCAAAAGUCCAGGACCAGUUAAAUUAAUGCCAGGCCUCUGUCUCCUCGCUUAUAUUAGUAGCCUGGCAUGAAGGGGUUUGCUUUUGUGGCUCUGUGUUAGAGAUGUGGUUGGCCACAAGUAUUAGGAGCUUUUGAUAAAUUAGUGUUAGGCCUGGGCUGUCCCCAGGCGAGGCAGUGGCAAGUGUGGUACAUGUGAAGAACAACUCCUCAUAUUUUGCUUCGUAUGAAUAUUGAUUACUCUCACCUUCCCCAGAGCCAACUGUGAACCAUUCUCCAUUCCCUUGAUCAUCGUCUGCUUUGAUGUGUACUUUUCACACCUUCCACUUUCAUAUCUCUAGUUUCCCUCUCCCCCGAGUCCUACUACACCUGAACUGUCCCACAUGCUCAAGCAAGGACCAUCUACCUGUUCUGGUAUUACAAAUGAACAUUACAGCUCCCAUGAAUGAAUGAAUGAAUGUAUAAGUUUAUUGGCCAAGUAUUCACAUACAAGGAAUUUGCCUUGGUGCUCCGCCCGCACGUGACAACAUGACAUACAGUGACAGUUAUGAGAUCCCACAUUCUACAAAACUUUCUCAGACAACUUCAUCACAAGCAGAUUAACGAGUCAUUCAUUGCGUUGGUGUUUGUGUGAUUUUGGCGUAUACAGUUUCCAACAAGAUAACUGCACAUUUCAAAGUAACUCACUCAGCUUGAUAUUAUUUGAGCAAUAUAAUGAACUAGUCUUAUUUUCAUAUUUCUUUGAAUCAUUUUGCAUUUCCAAUUCAACCUGGCAUUGACAUUGUAAAUCAUAGAGACACAUUUAGACACAAAAAACUGGAGUAACUCAGCGGGACAGGCAGCAUCUAGAAGGGCCCGGACUAGAAGAGCUGAGAUGGCCUGUUUCCGUGCUGUAACGGUUAUAUUG